AUGAGGGACCGAAGAUCCCAAGGAUUGACGACGGCAGCAAAGACCGCGAACAGCACAAACAGCACGGGAAGAAGAGCCCCUGCCUCUAUCUCCUCUCCACCAAAGACGCCUCUGCAGAUCCAGGCGCAGAUGCGACAAAGGGACGGCCACGGCCGCGAGGUCUCGGAGCGCCGCCAGGUCGGCGAUGCCGCCAGCAUGGUGAACAUGCCGUCGGAGCUGUCGCACGACCGCUCCGACAAGACCAUCACCAACGGCAGUCGGGGCAUCGUUUUACCAACUCUGCUUCUCUUGUCCAUCCCCCUCUCGUGGGAUUACCUCGAACGAAUCAUCGCGUGA